AUGUCCGAUUCCAACACCACUGACUUCACCAAGCCUUCCGUCUUCAUCCUGCUGGGCAUUUCUGGCCUGGAGGCCGCCCAUGUCUGGAUCUCCAUCCCCUUCUGCGCCACAUACAUUGUAGCCAUCUUGGGGAACGUUACCAUCCUUUUCAUUGUGAAGAGGCAACCGAGUCUCCAUGGGCCCAUGUACUAUUUCCUCUGCAUGCUGGCCAUCACCGACCUGGGCCUGUGUAACUCCAUCCUGCCCAAAUCACUGAGCAUCUUCUGGUUCAAUUCCAGGGAGAUCUAUUUCAGUGCCUGCCUCGCCCAAAUGUAUUUAAUUAACUGCUUUGCAGUCAUGGAGUCUGGGAUCUUCGUGGCCAUGGCUUUUGAUCGCUAUGUGGCCAUCUGUGAGCCCCUGCGACAUUCCACCAUCCUGACCAACCGCGUGGUGGCCAAGAUUGGCCUGACCGUGGCACUGCGCGGCAGCAUGAUUGUGCUUCCGUAUCUCCUCCUGGCCCAGCAAUGGCCAUAUUGCAGAACCAACAUCAUUGCCCAUUCAUACUGCAAGCACAUAUCUGUGGUGUCCCUGGCCUGCGCCGACAUCAGUGUCAGUAGUUACUACAGCCUGACCGUGACAGUCUUUGUGACUGGUCUGGAUGUGUUUUUUAUAUCAGUGUCCUAUAGCCAGAUUCUAAGGGCCAUCUUCAGCCUCCGCUCAAAGGACGCCCGGCUCAAAACCUUUGGGACCUGCAGCUCCCACCUCUGUGCCAUCUUAGUCUUUUAUAUCCCAGACGUCUUCUCCACUGUCAUGCACCGGUUUGGUCGCAAUGUGCCCCUGUAUGUCCUCAUUCUUUUUGCUAAUGUGUACCUUGUGGUGCCCCCCAUGCUACACCCCAUUAUCUAUGGGAUGAGGACCAAGCAAAUCCGGGACAGUUUGCUCUGGGUUUUCACUCAUAAAAGACCCUAA